AUUCGAUGUUUUGACGGUAAGAUAAUCUCUCCAGUGGUUUGCCAAAAACUCUUUGCAUCUCGACUAGCUACCCAUAUCGAUCUGUCCUCUAUCUACGCACGCUGAUGGGAUCGUGUCGUCCUCGUGAAAGGCAAAGCACAGGGUUCAUCACGACCUUCUGUUGACGCAACACAAGAGUUUUGACUCAUUGACCGGAUUCCCAGGACAAUCGAGAGCGGCAGCCCUGAUAUUCACCAAAUGUCCACGAACGGCGUCACUUCUGACGCCAGUGGCAACCAUGUCUCCCAAAAGACAUCUGUACCGUCCAGCAACUCGUCCGUCCUUGAUCCGGCGAACUUCCCACAGACUCUGACAUCUCCCACCAUCUUUGUUGCCCUCACCUAUGAUCCUCUCGAUACUGCAGCAUACUUGCGCUUCACACGCUCACCUCUCGCGGGUGCCAAUGUGCUUUUCUUAGGCACCACCCGCAACAAUUUUGACUCUCGACCAGUAUCACGACUGUCCUAUUCUGCUUAUCCUUCACUCGCCUUGAAGUCAUUGUACGCAAUCGCAGAAGAUGUCCAUAAGAAACACGAGUUGCAGAAGGUCGUCAUUGUCCAUCGCUUGGGGGAGGUCAAGAUUGAAGAAGAGAGCAUUGCCGUUGCGGUGAGUAGCGGUCAUCGAGCGAGUGGCUGGAAGGGAGCCGAAGAGAUACUGGAGAGGGUCAAAGCAAGAGCUGAAAUCUGGAAAAGAGAAUGGUUUGCAGACACCGGAGAGGUACAAGAGGGUGUCUGGCGUGCCAACAAGGAUCGAGACGCCCAGGGCAACAUCAUACAAACGACAUGACGAAGCAAGUCUCGUCGUCAGCACCGGUGGGCAUUUGUGGAACAGCCUUAUCAUUUUGACAUGUCCGCUGCGUGCGACGCAAUCAGCAAAACUUGACGUGGUCUCGAAUCUGCUCGGAUAACUUUGCAAAGCAUGGGAUUCUUGAAAGGUCGUGAAACCAU